AUGGCGGACUCUCCAGCACUUCCUCUGGAACUGCAUCAGGAAAUACUGAGAUGGCUCCCAGUAAAGUCCCUGAUGCGAUUCAAGUGUAUCUCUGUUACUUGGCAUUCAAUUAUCAAAGAUCCAUCCCUUGCCUUAGUCUACCGAGCUGGUUCCCGAGGCCUUCUAGUGGUUGAACACCCUGAGCCGGAGGAAGGCACCAAUGAGAAGACAGUCUUUACCUUUGUCAACCUGAAUUUUGAAGGUUACGGCCCUCGCACUUAUCUUUUACGCCGCUCAACUGUAGAUCACAGCAAGUUCGGUGGCGAUUGGGAGCAGAUGCAGACCACAAUGGUAGUGAAUGGCCUGGUUUGCUUUUACGGUGUGAAGCGUUUAUGCCUGUAUAACAUUGCUACUAGGGAGAGCCUAGAAGUCGUUCCGGUCCAGUGCCAAGUUAAUCCUCCUAACGAGAAUUUCUUUGCCUAUUUUCUUGGUUUUGAUCCCGUCAACAAAUUGUACAAGUUGCUAUUGCUCUUCAUCUCCAAAGAGGCGCAAACAGCUCAGUCUCGUAGAAACUGGAAGAUUCUCACGAUCGGGGUGGACUCAUCCUGGAGAGACAUCUGUUUGCCUCCCAUGGAUGCAAGCAAUAAUCCUUUAAAUAAAAGCACUCGACUGAGGUACUUAGAUGGAGUUCUUUACUGGUUGAACGGAAGCAAUGCAAAUCACCCCAUGGUUGCUUUUGAUUUUUUCCAGGAGAAGUUCCAACUGAUCCCUUUACCCAACCCCGAAGGAUGCCCCAGAAAAUAUAAUCUGCUGAGUUUUGGGCCUAUUGCCAUUGCUGUCAUGUCUGAGUCACCUGAAAGCAAUGAGCGCGUGAUUGUGCGUUACAACAACAACAGGAGAAAGUCUGGAGAGCUGGCUAAAGGGAAUUGGGGUGAUGAAGAAAAAUAUGUAAUUCCAAGUGAGGAGGUCUGUCUUCAGGGAAUCCUUCCUAGCGAGAAGUUGAUAUUAUCUCAUUAUUUUGAAUCCCCAGCUUAUAUUUACUUGUUUGAUCCGGUUAAGAGAGAGUCUAAGGAGAUCGUGUUGUGGAAUAACCCUUUCUUAUUCCCUCAGCAAUCAAAUCCAGUGAACUAUUAUGAAGAAAAUAUCAUCUCCUUGAGAAGCUUAACCUCCAUAUCCGGACCUCAAUAAGCAUUGAGAAUUUCGGGACUUAUUUGCAGUGUGCGGAUAUAAUCAGAGCUACUUAGCAUUCUCAGUUAGGUGCCCUCCUUCGUGUUAGCAGCUUUAGUUCUUGCGUGGGAAGUUAAUGAAUGAAUUGUUAG